AUGGAAGAGUCUUUCCUCGCACUGGCCGCCAUGGCGUCUAGCGGCGUGGAGUACGGGCGUCUGUUCCUGGCGUCAGACGUCCAGGCUAGGCUGGCCCCGUUUUUCCACGUCGCUUCCUGGGUGUACCUCGCGGUCACCUUCCUAUCCUCCAUCAUAAAUGCCUAUACCUCAACAGCUCGAGAAAGAGGGCCCAGUAUCAAUGGCUUUUUACAGCAGAACACCUGGAUGGGAGAGAACACCAAUCCCAUCCCGACUGCGAUCACCUCCCCAAUGGGUGGCGGCGACAAAAAUGGCAUCAUGUCUCCUAGCAGCGGCGGCCCCUUCGCGCGUCGCGCUGCCCCGGAGCCGAACAAGCGCGCUCUGUAUGUUGGAGGAUGGAGCACUGGAUGGACGAGAGCUUUGUGA